AUAUCUGCUCUCUUCCUCCCAUCCAGCAGGGAAAAAAGAACACCCUUUCUUACUUGAACUAGAGCUGAAUUCAUGAGGUUCCAGCAGGUCUGCAAGAAAUUGUGGUGAGGGCACCAGAUGUAGUGUCGUCCAACACAGCAGUCACUUGGCAGCCCAAUGGAGACCCAGACUGACUCAAACUGGUACCUUCCCUUUGUCACACCAUAGUGCUGUGCCUCUUGCCUGAGGUAACAGGGUCUCAUAGAUUAGAAGGGAUGCUGGGCCACAGUGCUCAGCACAGCUGGAGGGACAUGGGAGAGUAGGGAUCCUCAUGAAUCCUGCAAUGUAGGGCCCUGUGAAACCAAGUGCUGGCCCUGCCCAGAUGCUUAUCAGACUUGCAGUGACACACAGGAUCUUCACUGCCUAUUGACAUUCUUUGCAACAUACAUGCAAUAAUUUCCUUAGUUUCAACACCUGUAGUCAAAUUGCUGCUUACAUUGUGAUACCAAACCAUUUGUGUCUUGGAUUAGUCAUUUCCCAGAGCAAACUAGAUUUAAAAUAAGAAGACCUGGUAAAAUAGAAGGUGCCCCACCUCUUUCAGAAGAAGCUUUAGUUGUAUAACUAAAGACUGGUCUUCAUUUCUUGGCUGGUAACUUCCUCCUUUCACCACACCUACGGUUACUGGCAGGAAAAAAAGAGAGAGCAAACUGUUGUCAGAGACGGAAGACACAUGCCAAAGAAAUUGUGGGAUCCUUCAAACCUUUUACCCGCAGAAGUUGCAUGUGGAAGUCCUUAUGCUGAGGCUGUGUGCUGUGUUCAUCUACCUUUUGUAUGGGGUGAAAACAGAUCCCGAGGAGACAUGCCCUGCAUUCACAGCUCUCAGCAUCGGCAAUGCUUUGGUAGGGACACACCUGAAAGUGAAGCUGCUGCUCUACACCAGACAGAACCCAACCUGUGCUGAAGAGCUCGACUCACCAGCCUCCAAGUAUCUGGAUGUGACCAAGAAAACUACCUUCAUCAUCCAUGGAUACCGGCUCACAGGCUCUGCCCCAGUCUGGAUCCCGGACUUGGUAUGUCUCCUGCUUUCUGUAGAAGACAUGAAUGUCAUCGUUGUGGACUGGAACCAUGGGGCAACAACUCUCAUCUACAGCCAUGCUUCCAGAAACUGCAAAAAAGUUGCUGAGAUUCUGAAGAAACUGAUUGAUGAGAUGCUGAUUGACGGAGCAUCCCUUAACUCCGUGCACAUGAUAGGAGUGAGCCUGGGAGCACACAUCUCUGGCUUUGUGGGGCAGAUGUUUGAUGGUGCACUUGGAAGAAUCACGGGCCUUGACCCAGCAGGCCCCUUGUACAGAGGAAAACCACCCAGUGAGAGGCUGGACUCUACAGAUGCACAGUUUGUUGAUGUCAUUCAUUCAGACACCGAUGGACUAGGGUACAGAGAAGCAUUAGGCCACAUAGACUUCUACCCCAACGGUGGGACCGACCAGCCUGGCUGCCCACUGACAAUAUUUUCUGGAUUGCAGUAUUUUAAAUGUGACCACCAGAGGUCUGUUUUCCUGUUCAUGUCAUCCCUGAAACAGAGCUGCAAUAUCACUGCGUACCCGUGUGACUCCUACAGGAAUUACCGGAAUGGCAAGUGUGCCAGCUGCGAAACCUUCUGGCCUAUGCCAUGCCCCAUCCUAGGUUAUUAUGCCCAUGAGUGGAAAAGCUAUUUAACACAACAGAGCCAUCCAGUGACAAGUAUGUUUUUUGAUACGGCAGACAAAGAGCCAUUCUGCAUUUACCACUACUUUGUGGAUAUUAUGACAUGGAACAAAGACACCAGAAGAGGCACCUUCAGCAUUGUACUAGCUGAUGAAACUGGGAAGGAGGCAGAAUCUAAAGUUAACCCAGAAGCUGCAGCCUUUCAGCGUUACAACCAAAUCACCUUGCUAAUUGGAUUCGACCAGGAUUUUGAAAACAUAGAAAGAAUUUCCUUGACAUUUUCCACAGGAUCUGUCAUUGGCCCCAAAUUCAAAAUCAGGAUUCUCCAAAUGAGGUUCCGGUCACUUACAAAUCCAGAAAGACCACAGCUAUGCAGGUACGACCUAGUCCUGAUGGAGAACACCAAACAAACCUUCAAGCCUAUCCCAUGCUGAAGUAGGAGCUAAGACCUACAUGUGUCACGUCCGAAAGUGUCAGACAGAUUCACAGCCAUCCUAGGACUCACCCGAAAGCUCCUCGUCACCUCCUGCGGAGACCAGGCGACAGUGCGGC